AAAUCCAGGUAACAAAAGAUAUGGUAAGUUGUCCUCUAAUGAAUUGAAAGAGACGGAGUCCUUUUUAGUUAGAAAUGUAGAAGCAUCCGCUUUUAAAGAAGAAAUAGAGGCCAUUUCCAAGGGCAGGGCUUUUUCAGGUAAGAGUAAACUUAACUCUUUAAAUCCUUUUCUUGAUGGUCAUCAAAUUCUCCGAGUGGGUGGUCGUUUGCAUAAUGCUGAUCUGAAUUAUUCUCAAAAGCAUCCUGCUAUACUUCCAGUAGACCAUCUGUUCACUAAAUUGUUAAUGACUCAUUUGCAUAUCAAAAAUCUCCAUUUAGGACCUCAAGCGUUAUUAUAUUGCACUACAGAAAGGUUUUGGCCACUUCGUGGUCGAUCGAUAGCUAGGAAAAUUGUUCAUAAAUGCAUAGUUUGUUUUAAACAUAAACCCCUUGUUACAAAUCAACUUGUGGGAACCUUGCCUCGAGAAAGAGUAAACCCUAAUUAUCCUUUUUUCCACUCUGGUGUUGAUUAUUGCGGACCUUUCCAAAUUAAAUAUAAACACCAGAGAAAAGGGAAUUUCCAACGAAUUUAUGUUGCAAUAUUUGUGUGUUUAGCAUCGAAGGCGAUUCACUUAGAAGUUGUUUCCGAUUUAACAACCGAUGCUUUUCUUGCUACCUUAAAGCGUUUUGUGGCUAGGCGUGGCAAAUGUGCUACAAUAUCAUCUGAUAAUGCAAAAAAACUUUGUUGGGGCUAA